UUGCCUUGGGUCAUUUACAGCCAGUUCGUAGGCAAUCUUCCAAAUGUGCCAUGUUCAGCAAUCUAGACGUCUCUUGGAUUUCCCUUCUCACUCGAACUUUCCUGUUCCAUUACGCAUUCCCAUUUGGCCCCAGCUGUAAGCACUAACGACACUAACUAGGCAUUUAGUAGAUAACUAGUCUCAUCCAAAUGUUACUCAGCCGGAGACUUUGAUUAUUCCGAGAGGGGCGCGGGGUCACCGAUCAACAUAUAAAUACAUCCCUCGAUCAGCGGGGUCAACGCACCAUCCCUCUACCCCGCUCCCAACCUACCAACAACACAAUCAAGUUUCACCUCGCCCUCUCUCUAUAUCCAUCAUGUCCGUCCGCGUCUUCAUUUACGGCUACCGCAAACCCGGCCUUUCCCUGGCCACCUUCCGCGAACGCUACGAAGCCCACAUCGACCUAGUCAAGCGUAUCUCCACUGACGAUUUCCCUCUCUCCCACAAGCGCAGCUACAUUGCGCGCACCACCCUCGACAGCCCCGCCGCCGACGGCACCUCCCGCAACGCCACUACCCCAGCGACUGUCCUCGUCGGCCAGCAAGCUGAUUUCGAUUUCGAUGCUUACGCGGAGUUGACUUUCGCUGAUCAGCCCGCCUUCCAGGCUUUCAUGGCCAAGGUUACGGCUCCCGAGGCGGCGGCCCAGAUUGCUGCUGAUGAGGAGGGGUUCUUGGAUCGGUCCAAGUUGAGCAUUGCUAUGGUGGGUGAGGUGGUGGAGACGACAAAGUAAUGGUCAUGGGCGUGGGAGAUGGAGUUUGUUUGACUUGUAUUGGACAUGAGAUGGUUGGAUAAUGGAGGGCAUUGCGCUGGGCGUGGCUUGCCUAAGGUUUUGGGUUGGUGGAGCGAUCUAUAUGAUGGAUAUACCUUUCAGUCUCCGCGCAGAGCCCUUUUUCCGCGGGCCGAAUUUGUUCUGAUUCCCUGAACAAGCGUUAAUUCAAAAUCGAUCUAAUUGCAUUCUCGUCUGUCAGACCAAACAGCCCACUUUGACCUGCUAUCUCUACUACCAACAGAGCCCAGAUUAAAGAUAUGUCACUGUCC